AUGAGCCCUGCCUGGAGAAUUGCUAGUCCGUACUGUCUUGCUCUCGCGCCCCAUAUCAACACACCAGAUCCAGUAUGGUAUGUGGGAUGCAAGACGUUGGACGGAGAGGAUAAGCAAUUUUAUGCUCAGACGUACUUCGACAUCAACUACCCUGGUCUCGCGCAAUGGACAAAGUCGUUCCCGAAUGCGGCCCGCUCGUGCUUUGUCACUUUUGGCCAGAAUCUCAGCUACUUUGCUUGUGCUCCGGGGCGAGGAUCUAUUUGGGCUGGCAUACAUCCGGAAUUCGAAAACAAGUUGCGAACGUCACAUGAUACGCCUGUCUGUGUCAGUCUUGGUGUGCAAAAUGCAUGGUUCGCCAUGUAUCCCGAUCGACGCCUGACAUGGAACUUUUAUGGUCAUUACGAGACUUUGAACAAGAUUCUCAUGGAAGCUGCACCAGGAGCUAUCACCUAUCUUGCUAUCUCGCCAUACCACAAAGAUCACUUUUUUGUCGCAUUUCAUGAUGGGUCAGUCAAGUACAACUUCCAAGGUGGUCCUCCACAAUGGACUAGCCUUAUGAAUGAAGUUUUUGCCCUCUGGGAUGCUCAGCGUGCGCAGCAACAAGUCAACAUCCUACCUUCAUUCCAACCACCGGUGCCACAAUAUACGCACGCGCAUGCGCAAAAACCCCAAGGACAAGUUCAUCUUCAGCCACAAAUAGUGCAUAUCGCUGGUACACCUCCAUCAAAGAUGGCUUUCCAUGGGUCAAAUCCACCAGCGCCUGGUGCUGGUCAGAUUCUAACCCAGCAACCUUUGCAGAACACGGUCCGGAAUGCCUCUCUUCCAAGCAAAGCACCAUAUCACAGUAUUUCCCAAAUGCCAGUUGAGCUGCCAGGAGAUAUGGUUCCUCCUCCAUCGAGGCCGGUAACAGUACAGCUGGCAGAUCAUCCAGCAAAAAGACAGAGCUUUUUGUCGAAAUUAUUCUGA